ACUAAUAGAACGCCAUAUUGGUUAAAUUUCGUAUUGCUUUUGUUUGAUUGUCAAGUUACAAUUUUAAGUACAGCGAGGCAAGUGACGCCAUUUACGUUUGUUCUGCAAAGAAAUAAAUUUAUUUGGAAUUGUGCUAUUGUGACAUUUAUCUGUGAAAUAGAACAGCAUUGGUUUAAUAAUAUCGAAAUUUUGAUUAUGUUUAUUUUGGUGAACCUGAAUAUUUGACAUCGAAAUGUCGGGUGGUCGGUUGGUCGUUCUGGAUCGCCUAGGGCGGGAUGUGAAGACUUACCCUCUUGAAGAGGGAUUGGCUACAAUAGGAAGUGAUCCUGUCUGUGAUAUCCGGGUUAUGCUACCUACCGUCAGUCCUCAUCAUGCUACGGUCGUUGUUCAUACUAAUCAGACGGUGGUGCGCAGCGUGUCGGCGGGCGAGACGCUCGUCAACGGCGUGUCGGUGAGCGUGGCGGCGCUGCGGCACCGCGACGUGCUCAGCGUGGGCGGCCGCGCGCUGCGCUGGGAGUACGCGCAGCCCGCGCGCCCGCGCCCCCUCGCGCCGCAGCCCGCGCUGGUGCGGCGGGAGACGCGCGCGCGCGGGCGGCGGCGUGGCAGCGAGCCCGCCACGCGCGCCGUGCUGGUGCCGGCGCAGCGCGCCUCCAUGCCGGCGUCGUCUGGUGGAAAACAAGUAGCGAUCGUGCAACCGCAACGGCGAGAUACGAACGAGCAAGCCGAAUCUUCUCGAUCGAAUGCGAAGACUAGCAACAAGCGUCCGCGUACGAGUAGAAAUGACGAGCAGGACUCUAUCAUCGAGGGGGCCGACGGCUCCAAGAGGAAGUCGAGCCCGCGCAGUAGCCCGAAGAGCCCGCACAUGCACGACACGACGAAGGCCACGCUGUGGAUCGAGUCGCGCAAGACGCCGCGCGCGCCCGCCCUGCGCCUCGCGGCCAUGCGGGGCGCGCACCGCGCGCGCACCGCGCCCGUCGCCAAGAUACGCGCGCCCGCGCACAUAGAUCACACGAAACAAGCGGCUAUCAUGCUCAUGACGGGCCACACACCGAAAUCUAAGCAAAGUCCGAAAAGCAAACAGCCCUCAUACGUGGUCAAAAAGCCGAGUCCAGUGAGACGAACACCGAAGCAAAAGAAGCCGAGUCCGACGAAGAAAACUCCAAAGGGAAAGAGUUUGAGCGGCUUAGAAGUUACUCCGAAGCGCAUGAGCUGCUUUUCAGCCUCCCGAUCCAGCGCUAAGGCAGCCGCGGACCUUACUGCAUCAAUAUUAGAAAUUACUGAUUCUGAUUCCCAAACAGUACGUGGAAGUAACACGUCUGUACGAUCCCUGCGUAGAAGUACUUUGCGUUCACCAGUUUUACCAACUCCAAAAAAAUCUGCUCUCAAAGAUCCUUCAGCUAAGAAAAAUACACGCAAAACAGAGUCAAUCAAGUUCGACUUAAGUAAUCUGGAGAGCAAUGCACAAGAUCGUUCAUCGGAUAUAUUAUUUAUUACAGACACGACUAAAGAAAAUUCAUAUAACGGUGACUCAGCCGACGACCUCUCGCUGCACUAUUCAGAUACUUCGACCACUCAGUCACCUUCGCCGAGAAAAUCUAUACAUUCUAGGAGCAGUCGAAUGUUAGAAAAAUCUUUAGGAAGUACAUUCGUGUACAAUACCCCUACACAGGAACCACAGGAACAUAGAAACAUAUCUUCAGAGUCACCUCAUAGUCAAAAAUCUUCAAGGGGAAGUUUAAUUGUUCAGAAGGCAUUAGAAAGCUCGAAUUUAGAAUCUUCAAGGUAUUCCCGAAGAACGACAAGAACUGUUUCAGAUCAUAGUUACAGUACCACAAUUACGUCGGCCCGUAAAACUAAAACUUUAAGCCCGCGGUCCUCGAACCAAAAUAUAGAAUCAUAUUCAAUUGUUGAUUUAGUGUCGAUUGGUUCGAACGACUCUAAUAGGAGUGUGUACAAUUCCGCUGGUUCCAAUAACAGUACAGUGGCGUUUGACACUCCUCAAACUAUAGCCAGUAGAACGACUAGGUCGAACAAUCCAUCGUUACUGGGUUCGAGUACUCCAUAUUUAAAUAGAACUUCAUCACCAAAACCUAGUCCUGAAGUAAACCGCAGUACCAAGUUGCGAGUGUCCACUGUGACCACAAGACGGUCUGCUUCCAUCACUACGCCAGAAAACUCUCAGAAACAGACUCCCUUCAAUAGUACAAGGAUUUCUAAAAUGUCUCGAAGUCGAUCCAGAAUAAACGAUAGCGAUAUCCUACUUGUAGAUGACCAUGAAGAUUCGUCACCAAAAUCAUCGAGGCGUACUAGUAAAACGAGCAUUGCUAGCCCGAUAGUAAGGAAAAAUAUUUCUAAAACGGAUGUACCACCUGAAAGUCCGUCGAAUGGUACGUUAACACCAACAAAUCGAUAUAGUCCUGCAGAAGCUACUACACCUGUACUUAGUAUUCAAAGUCUUUUAGACCAAAGCGCAUUGAGCCAAAGCUCCAUAACGUCUAAGCAAUCUGAAACUAGAUCAAGAGUAGCAAAUCUGAAGAGAAAAACCGAAGGUACUAUCACUUCACAGCCUAAAAAAUAUAGAGCGAGCAUUAAAUCAAGGUCACUAAGUUUUAGUAGUAAAAGAUCUUUGAGAGCAAGGAAGUCGUCUUCUGAUUCAAUCAAGUCACAUCUUAAAACACCUAAAGAAAAUCAAAAAAUUGUAACUCCCAAGAGUGCUGUUAAAUUAGUGCAAGAAGCAGUUAAAAAUAAACAUUCGACCGCAAAGAAGCCCACAUCCAAGCGCUCGAUAAUUGACAAUCUUGAUGAAUCUGACUUUGUAAAACAAUUAUUCAAUAGUCCGGUUAAAAGAAAAUUAUCUCAGAGUAUGACAGAGUUUUCCAGAAAACAACUUUUCGAGGAUGUUGAUUCACUUCCUUUAAGACCGGCAAGAAGAACUACAGCGUUGACAGGAAGGUCACCUGAUAACUCCUUAUUAAAUCAAUCUGAAGCAAUCCCACCGGAAGUGUUUGUAAGCCCUUUAAGCACUCCCGGUAACAGCCCUAAUUUAUCUGGAAUAAAACGUCUAUUUGCUAAGAAUACUCCAGAAAAUGACUUACGAAACGUAAGAGGAGUGAAAUCAUUGCUAAGAACUCCGCGUAAUAGGAAAUCUAUCGGAAACGACCUAAGUAAAGUUUCGGGCGUGAAAAAAGUGUUUGCUAGGUCGCCGAGAAACCGUUUGAGUGAUGUGAGAGUUAAAGAAGUCUUUGCUGUGUCGCCUCAAAAUGACUUACGCCGUGUAUCAGGGGUCAAGUCUCUAUUUCAAUCAACAAGGAAAGCGAGAACACCAAAAAAUACUAUAGACGAUUUAACGGGUGUAAAGAAUUUAUUCCAAAAAUCGCCAUUAAACGACUUGCAAAAUGUAACAGGUGUGAAGAAAACCUUACGUGUCAAUUCACCAAGAAACGAUCUGACGGACGUUAGAGGUGUCAAACAAUUAUAUAGACAUAAGGAGAUCCGGAACGAUUUGAGCGACCUCAGUGGUGUUGAAGAAAUAUUCCAUGAAUCGCAUAAUCUGGAUAGCACUUUCGACCAGUUGAUAGGAAAACCACGCGUUAGAUACUAUACGAAAUCUAAAAGUUUAACUACCAUCAAUAAAAACAAAAAACAAACGCGAAAGACCAAAUCUCUUCACGAUUCCAUCGGCCUCAUAACGAACAACGUCGAGCGAUGGCUAGACAACGAACUGAAAAAACGAGUCCAUAGACCCAACGAGUCUCCGGCUCCGAAAAAGUCUAUCAACAAAACGAAUCUCACGCGGGAACUGCAGAAGCUCUCGACCAACACGAUAGAGGGAAGCCUUCCCAUACGAACUUCGAGGGCUCGCAACAGCACUCUGACGUGGAACGCGGAGGCGGAGCUCCCAUCGGAGCGCAAGAAAUCCGCGUCGGAGGUGUACAGCGCGCACACGUUGCCGAUCAAGAAGAGGUCUCUAGUGGAGACCGUCGCCCGGAGCGGCGGCGAGAGCAGGAACGCCCUGCCCAUCAAGAAGCGGCUCGUGGUGCACUCCACGCCCGUCAAGGGCCGCGUGCGCGCCGCGCUCGACGCGUCCGAGCUCGGCCGCGUGUCGCCCAUAGCGCGCGCGCGCUCGCCGGGUAAAACACCACAAGCAAAAGAAUCACCGAAGGCAAAAACAUCGAAGGCGAGAACUACUAAAUUGCCAGAAACUCAAAUACCCGACGAUUUGCCAAAACCGUCACCGAGGAGAACCCGUGGGAAGACUUCGGUACGAAAUAGUCCGCAACGAGUGAGAGUUACGAGGGGAAAGAAGAUAGGUCCUCCAGUAGCUAACGCGAAAAAAAGAAGGUCGUCAAUAGUCAUAACUAAGAAACCACCAGUAAUGAGCCCUGUUCCUAAAACAACUAAAAUCAAAACAGUAACAGUUACGAAAAGUAAAUCUAACACGAGUCCAAAGAAAACUAGAUCUAAGAGACAAAAACCUCAAGCAGAAGAAAAGAUUAUAACUCCCAAAAAGACAAGGACUAAAACGAAUGUAAAAAGUGUCUCAAUCACCAAACCAUCACUACAACCAAAGGCCAGACCUACGAGACAAGGCAAGAAAAUUCAGGAACCGGUUGUUGACAAUAAUGAUAUCAAGGGACCGAAAAGGGGCAGGAAAGCCGCUGAUAACAAAAUCACUACUAGAAAGACUGAAGAAUUAAAACUAGAACAAAGAAAACUUGCAGGAAAAAUUGUUACUGAAAAUAAAUCUAAAACCAAAACACGAAAUGUUGAUAUUGCAACCAACCAAGCGCAAACACCCCCUAAAAAAACCCGCAAAAAUAAUCUAGAAAUAAAUCAAGUUGACAAAUCCCAAAAACGAUCCAAAGCAACGGGAGAGAAAGUUGAAAAACAAAUAACUGUCGAAUCCGAUCAAAUCCGACCCACAAGAGGACGCAAACCUAAAGAUAAUAUGACUACAACAGAAACUGGUAAAAGGCAGCGAAAAGUAACCAUAGUAGAGGAGCCUACAGCUAACAAAGCCAGUAGUGUAGAAGUUGUGUCGAGAAAAGGCAGACGCGGCACUAAAGUGGCAGAAAAUGUUGAACCACCAAUUGAAAAAGUCAACAAACAGGGUAAAGAUGUUAAAACUGACAUUAAAAAAGGAAAAAGAGCCAAAAAUAGUGUAGCCGAGAGCGAAACUGAAGCUCCAACGGUAGAUGGAAAAAGAGCUAAGAAAACUGCGUCCAAAGAACAAAAUAAAUCUGUUAAAACGGAGACACGAGUCGUAGAAGAAGUACCGAAGACUAAGGGACGAAAGCGGAAGACAAAGAUUGAAGAAUCGCUCGUCGAAGAGCCGGCCGACAAGCGGCGCCGGUGCCUACCCGCGACCUCUAUUCCACUCGGAGACUCAGAGGAACAAACCUUAGAUUUAUGUUCCGUGGACUUGCUAAUUGUGCUGCUUUAUCAUGCAGUAUAUACGUUUGCUCGUUAAUACCA